UGGGGUUUUUUGGGUGGUGGUGUGUGUUAGUUUUUGAGCUGUGACUGAAUCAAACUUGAUCAUUUAGUCCAAAGUUACUUCGUAGAAGGAGUAAUUCAUCACAGCGUAGUAGUUUCUUACCAAUAUGAGGCUAAAAUAAUAUUGCAUUCCCUCUUGUUUGUUGUGCAAAAGGAAACUGCUGAAUGUACGAUAAACUGCUGCUGCUGUGUAUCAGCGGUAGCGGCAGCAGAAUACUGUGUGAAGUUACUAUCAACGGGAGACACAAGGGUGCCGCUUUGGCACAAUCCCAAGAAAAUUUGCUAGCGUGUCUGGCUUUAGUCCUGGGAGCUUGUGAAGACUUCUAAAACUGCCACUAGACAUUCUCUGACAAACUUCCGGCAAGGCACUUACUGCUCUGAUGGCUUUUACCACGGGGACCAGAGGACUCAAGAAACAAGAGGAUGAUGACUACGUACAUUAAUACUCCUCCAGAAUUUCUGUCUUUCUCUGUACUGAAGACGGCGUGCCCCACCCUGCUUGCUGUUCUGUGGGGAGGUGGUUUAGGUGCUAACUGCUGAGUUUCCUUCGGUAGUCAGUCUUCAGUGUAUGAACUGUGGCAGGCGGGUAGUAGAAUGAAAAAAGGCCAAGGGAGAGGAGGAAAAAGUAAUAUGGUGUCAUUAAAACCAGAAGUAAAUGUGCAGCAGAAAAAGAGAUUAGCUUCUGAAGAAACUGCAGAGGAUUUUGAAGGUGAAGAGCAAGAUCAAGGGAAAAGGAGCUGUCUUUCCAUGCCUGUCCCUUCAUCUCAGAAUGCAUCUGGAUUUCCUCUUGAGAAUACCAUGAGAAACAUGGAAGGAAAUGGCAAGACUGGAACAAAAACCCCUGGAAGUUCUCUGGAAAAAAAAGAUAGGCAGCUGCAUAGUAAAUUGUCUAAAAGAGUAGGUCAGAUCUCCAGUAAAGAAAAUAGAAUUGAGGAAACAGAAAACAAAGAGCAGAUUACUGGUUCUACAAGCCAACAAGCUGACUGGGGCAGGACUUCCCAAUCUUUUGGUGCCCAGGAAGGGAUUCUUGAGCCUGAUGCAAAUCUGGAUUACAAGACUGAGAUUUCUGAUUCAACCAGAAGUGCAGAUACUUCAGAAAGCUCCAAACACAACAAGCGUAAGAGGACACCUUGCAUGUAUGGAACAGGCUGUUACAGGAAGAAUCCCCUUCACUUUCAGCAGUUCAGUCACCCUCAUGAUGAUGACUAUCAUGAAACAGAGAUCGUAACUCAGGAUAACAAAGAUAACCGGCCUGAAUGUCCGUAUGGAACGGCUUGUUACAGGAAGAAUCCACAGCAUAAGCUAGAAUACAAGCACAGUGCACCUCCAGUAACUGAAAGACGAACACGACAACGAACUUCAAAAAAUGGAGAAAGGGCUGUGGAGAAAGACGGUGCCAAUGAUGAUGAACCAAAUGAGUAUGACCUUGGUGACAGCUUUAGAGAUGAUGAGGAAGAGGAGUGCGAACCUACCGACGAAGACUCUGACUGGGAACCAAGUUCAGAAGACAAGGAUAACGAAGAUGUUGAAAUGCUUUUGCAAGAAGCGUCUAGCUUUGUUAGAACCAAAAAGUAGCUGCAUGGAACGAUGUUACAAAUGUCCAAACUGGUUAUGGUGAAACAUGGGUGUGUAAGGAGGGGACCUGCUUUGAAAACUGUUUUUUCCUCAGUGAUGUAGGCACUGCAGGAGGAUUUUAAUGAGGGUGAGGGGAUUCAGCAAUGCCUUUCUUUUCCAUAUGGGUUUUUUUGUUUUAUUAAGUGGUGGAGCCAGAGGACUGAGCUCUGAAACUUUUUUGUGGUUCCCCCCCCCCCCCCCUCUCAUUUAUCUCUUAUGCAACACCAUUGGUAUUUCAUAGUUUGAAAUACAGUUUUAAAGGUUGUUAAUGCUUCUUCUUGCAGUGCUUGAAAGAAAUACUGGCCUUAGGAAAGCCUUUUCUUUUGCUGAAAGACAGUAUAUACAGUGCUGGAUGAAGGGGAGUUACACUGCCCACCUGCAGUAUCGCAGACUACUUCUUGGCCAUCACUGGGGGGUUUGUCUAAAUUUUUUUAACGCUCUUUUGAGUUAGUGCAGUGCUACUGGCUUUCCUCUUGGGUGUCAUUUCUUUGAUUCUCUUGAUGUGCAGGAGUUGAAUACAGAAUGUGUAUAUCACUUGAGAACAGUAUAUCAGCCUAUCGAACCGCUUGGUUGUCUAAACAAUGAUUAUGGUGUAUUUGCUGUAAUUACAGUAGGACCUCUUCCCAUGCCUGUACCUCACUGGAAUUAUGUUCAGUUCACAACAAAGCUGAAGUCUUGGUGACUGUUUUUUUGCACAAUUAAACUUGUAACAUACUGCGGAAAAAACA